UCCCCUCUUCUUCUUUUCUUUUUUUUUUUCCUCUCUCUCUCUCUCUCUCUCUCUCUUCCGCUGCCGCGCCGCCGACACAGCCGCAUCCUUUCCUUCCCUUCUCCCCCAUCGAUCUCCUGCCCUUUCUUGGAGCGUAUUCUUGUUCUCUUGUUUUCCGAUCUCGUCGCCUCGCCGCUGUAGUGGCCGUCGAUCCGCACACUCGCGGUGGCCGCCGUGGAUUCCUGGCCCGUAGAUCUGAUUCGGAUGAAUAUCGUGCCGAAGGCGCGUUCUUUGAGGGGUUGUUUUGCUUGUCGGAGGAUUCUGAUCGCUCGUUCGGUCAUUUCUUGAAUUAGGGUUUCGUGGGCUGCGCAAACAUGCCGCGGGGUUCACGGCAUAGAUCCCACCGGUCGCACAAGCACUCGAGGGACCGGUCCGACUCCGAGGAGUUUGAGAGUCCACGGGAGAGGAGGACCAGGGAGGAGGAAUCGACCGCAAUAUCGGGAGCGAGGGUUUCUAGGGAUUUGGAGCCGGAGAAGCGAAGGCUCUCGAAUGAGAACGCUGGGAAAGAGGUGAUGAGUUCUAGCAAUGGGGAUACCUCUGGGGAGAAGAAGCGGAAAGCAAGAGAGGACGAGGUGGUGGUGGUUGCUGAUCGGUGGAACGGUGGUCAGGAGGAUGACCACAAGAGGUGGAAAGGUGAGGAAUUUGGACAUGUUUUGGAAAAUAGUUCAAGAUCGAAGGCUCCUGAUUCCAAGGCCAGUUCAAGCAGAAGGCAUGAGGUUUCGGAUGUAAGGGGUGAGGAUCGUGGAGGGAAGAAUGACUCAGUGAAGGAGAAGUCAGAAAAGACAUCGAGCAGGAGAGAAAACAGUUAUUAUAAGGAUGGAAGUGAGAGGGGCAGCAACAAGGAGGGGGAGACCCAUGAUUCCAGGCUUGAUAAGUCCGAUGAUUUGCGCACUAGGAAACAUUGUACCAGGGUUGGUGCAGGCACAGAGGAAAUUGCAACAAAGAACUAUACAAAAAUUAACGACAAGCAAUCACAGGAUGUUGUGCACAGUGCUGAGACAGAGAAGGGGCUUGAGAAACACAUGAGGAGGAGGGAAUCCAGGGAAGACUCUGAAGACAAAGAUAAAUUGUUAGAUGAUAGUAAAGAUUUCGAUGAUAGGAGACUGUCUUAUAGAGAUGAUUACAGUCUAAAAAGAAGCUAUAAAGAUGAAAAGCAUGAAGAUGCUAAGUACAGAGGUAAAUACAGGAUUGACAACGAGAAGGAUAAAAAACACAAUGAUGAUAAAUAUCAAGAUGAGUGGUCAUCAAAAGAUCAUACUAGUGGUAAAUCUGACAAAUGCCAUUUUAGAGAUGAUAUUAAAUCUCUGGAGACUCAUUAUAAGAAAAAUAAGCUUCAUAAUACUGAUCAUGAUGGAACUUCUUAUGUUGAUGACCUUGACACCAAGCUUAAGGAUAGCAGAGGAAGGAAAAGGUAUUCUGAUGAAAGGGACGAUCGUGGUGACGUGAAAAUAAGAGGUGCAAAGGAGCGACAUGAACUUGUUGAGAAAAAUGUAUCAAGCACCGGCAGGACUGGAUCCCGUAAUGAUAAAUCUAGGUCAGAGUCUCAACAUGCAGAUAAGGCUGAUUCAAGCCCGAAAAAUAACCGACUGAGAGGCUCCACCUCCUCCAGCACAUAUGCUGGUAAAGAUUAUAACAGGGAUAUAUCAAAGCUUGCAGAAUCUGCACAUAGGGAGUCAGCACCGGAAGGGAGACUCCGUGCUAUUACAAAUUGUAAAGGAGACAGUUUGACUUCAUCAGGACUUCGUGACAAAGUAUCUGGUGCUCGUUCAGGGAAGUUAACCACAAAGGAUGACAUCCAUUCAGGUGAAGUUUUUGUCGAAAUUGCUGUUUCAAAGUAUGAUAGGACUACAAGAUCACCAAAUCAAUCAAAGGGAAGAUCUUCAGCUAAUAGUGGUCGUCGGUUUCAAGAAAGAUCUCCCUCAAAAUAUGACAGAACUGCAAGGCAACGCCUUGAUAUUGAAAUAGGACAAAGGACUAGCAGUUCAAAAAAUGGAGAAAAAGGGGAGUCGGCUUCAGAAAAGCUGAACCUAGAUGACGUAUCUCAGACUGAUGUUUGUGUUAGGGAGUCAACUAUUGGCCCAUCAUCUAUUAAUCAAAGUGGUUACUCUGACUAUUCACCUAAUCACGUCCGCCCUCUGCCACCUGCAAGGCUUGGAAUUGACAGUCCUUCUGUCUUGGGCUCAUAUCAAGAUGAUAAUAAAGUUCAGAGUAGUGAUCACAAAUCUUAUAACCGUUAUAAGCGGAUAGGUGAUCUCGGAUAUGGAAAAGGACAUGCAAAUGUUUGGAAAGGUGCCCCGAAUUGGCCUUCUCCAGUUACAAAUGGUUUUAUUCCCUUACAACGUGGGCCACCUCCUGCUGGAUUUCAUCCAGCAAUUUCCCAGUUCUCAGCUUCGCCUUUAUUUGGUGUUAGACCCUCCAUGGAUUUGACCCAUGGUGGGGUUUCUUAUCACAUGCAUGAGAUGGCUGAGAGGUUUCAUGGUCAUGGUCGGCCAUUUCUUUGGCAUAAUCCAGUUGAUCAACUAUGUCAUCCUCACAUGCAGAUGUGGGAUAGAAAUAAUGGUAUGUUCAACAAUGAGUCCCAUAUCUAUGGUAGUCAAGAAUUGGAUGAGAAUAGUCAGCUAAUAGACGGUAGAGGUUGGGAAACUGGCUCUGUUAUGUGGAAGGGGCAAAAUGGUAAUAAUACAGACAUUCAUGUAUUUAAGAAAGAACGGGAAUCAUCGAUACAUUCUUUGACUGAUGAACUUACCCAAUUAAAACAUUUGCCUUUUCAAAGCAUUGAACCAAAGCUAUCAACUGAUUUACUCCCUGCUAAGAGUGAUGUUGAGCUUCCCCGAAAGGCUGUAACCAAGAAAGCAUUUGAGCCCUCAAAUAUGCCAAGUGAUAAGAUUACCAAGAAUGGUGCCAAUUAUCUUUCCAGGAUAGAUAUCUCACCUAAUCUUGUGGGUUUGGAGUUGUACAAAAAGUGCACUUCCCUAUUGGGAACAUUGAAUGUUAGUGACACCUGCAGUUUGGGUACUCACGGAUGCUUCCAGACCAACAAAGAUGGCAGCAUAGUGAAAAUGAGAAGUACGAGUUCUGUUUUGAACUCAUUCUUGCCGACCACAAAAGAUAUCGUUUUCAAGAGAGCCAUGUCCCUCUACGAGAAGCAGAAAGGAAGGGUCAAUGGUAAACAUGCUGUGCCGGCACCCAUCAUCUAUUCUGAGGAGAAGAAAGAAGUGUCUCCAGAAACCUCUGGUAACGAGAAGGUACAGCAGGGUGGGGCUGACAGGGGUUCCAUGGAGAGGGCACCCCUUUGUGAUUUUGAUUCAACUAAUAAUAUGAAAGCAGGAGGCAACACUGUUGUGGAGGACACCGAUUGUCCUGGCAUCGCAGUGGAUCACAAUUCAGACUUCAUUUCCUGUGGUGACCACCACGGUUCUGAAGCUAGUGAGGCCUCAAUGGGAGAAUAUAAGGGAAGUGUAAGUGGGAUACCCUCUAUUUCGGUUGAAAAUACACAUUGAACAAUUUAUUCUCCUUGCUAAUUAAUGCCAUCUUCUUCGAGGCCA